AUGCCUCUGGAGUCAUUGGACAUACCUACUGGGCUGGAUCUACCCAUGAACCACAGCAAUGUCCCCCUGUCAGACGGCAGACACGCUGCCCUGCUGAAUGUGAAUCUUGAAAAUGCAUAUAAAGAACUUCUAUGGGCAUGUAGAAUCGGAGACACUGUCAUGGCUGAUUCGCUUACGCUCUUGCCAGAGCUUGAUAUCAAUAAGGUGGACGAAUGGGACUACCUGCCAUUGAUUCUUGCGUCUCUUUGUGGACGUUUAGAGAUUGUCAAGAUGCUUUUGGCCAGAGGAGCAGUAUGUGAAAGAGACACUUUCCAAGGUGCCAGGUGCAUCUAUGGUGCUCUUACAGACGAUAUUAGAAACCUUCUUUUGAGUUAUAAUAUCUCGAAGAAGACAGAUGAGGACCAGCCGUUCCUGGCCCAUCUUUCCAGCUUGCUAUCGCCAGCAUUGACAGUGUAUGCCUGUAAGGACAUUGCUUUCGUGUUUCCACAUGAACAUGAUAGACUGCUUCAAGUAUUCGUUGUUAACCGGUUCCUUCUAUCUGCCAGAAGUUCGUACUUUCGGAAAAGAUUCUCUCCUGAGGGGAAAUGGUAUAAUGCGUCAACCCUUAAGAUGUCUAAGGAGUUGGAUGCGAGGGUCUUCAGAUCUAUCGUUGACUAUAUGUACCUUCGAACGGAUCUGUUGCCUUUGGAAGAUCCUCUGGUCCAAUUGCUAGCCCUAUGCGCUAAGUUUUCUCUUGAUCUAUUGAGAGAAACUCUUCUGGACGAAACUUCGAAGAAGCCCAAGGCGGUGAAGUCCCGCCAGGGAGCUGAACUCACGUUCGUAAAAGGUGCCAGGCAAGAUAUGGGAGACUUUUUUGAGGGCCAUGUUCUUCCCAAUGUUCUCGUGAAGUCUCUCGAUGAAAUCGAUCUCAGCGAUGUGAAAUACGGUGGUAGCGACAUUAAGAAUGAGAAGGGGGAGAAUGAAGUUGAAUUUCAAGACCUUGAUGUGUCACGGAUUCUUUCAUUUGAAGAGAAGGAAAGCCUUUUGAAAUCAACUUCAAUUCCUGACGCUAUUCUAUGUUCUCUCGAUUUAGAUUCGAGUACCAUAGUGUUCUAUCCUGUUCAUCGUGCAAUGCUUGUCCGAGCUAAAUUCUACCAAACCAUUUUCGAUCCCUCUUGGUCGGCAGAGACUGCUAAUCUUCCUUUGCUAUCAGAGAGCAAGUACGGGACAGCUGGACAAACAAUUAUUGAUAGGGCGUUACUAGUGCCACAAGACAUCCCAGUCAUUCAUGCCUACAUGGGCGCUACUAGAAGGGAAGUAUCUGAAGCAAUUCUCCGCUUCCUUUACUACAACGACUCAAUUGUAAUCGAUCCUGAGAUUGCCGUGGAGACUCUUCUUGCAUCUGACGAACUCAAUAUUGAUAGACUCAAGUCCAUUAGUACGGUGAGUCUUACGAAUUUUGUCGAUGGCCUUAAGUUUGAAACUCUCAAGGCGUUGCCUUCGAAGGUCGGAUACGAUGUCUUUGAAUUGAUAGAAUUAGCUUGGCGCCUCCAAACGGAUAGGCUCGAGCAGCAUAUGACGAAACUCAUUGCACACAACAUCGAGGCUGUUUGUGAGGACAAAGAGCUUCGUGAAAAGUUACUAGAUUUGAUCAGAGCCAGUGCCCACAGGAUUGAAGAGCGUCAAGCGACAGACACCAUUGAAGUGGUCGAUGAUAUGCGGUACUACUUGGCCAAGAAGUUUGCCGUCUACGACGAGUUCACCAAUUUGGAAGGUAUCGGUGCCAGUUUGAACCCUAACAUGGCUGAACCAGAAGAUAAUAGGACAUUCAAGGCGGCCUUGCUCGACUACGAACACGAUGUGGCCAUUGUUGAUCAGCUUCUUGACGAGUUGGGCUUAGAAGCAUAA